AUGGACAAAAGAAAACGCAGCGGAACCUCUUCCACAUUCAAGGAAAUUCAAAGCUUCAACAAAUCCUACCUAGACCUGAGCAAUUACAGCAAAGAUAAUUAUGACAAGCAAAAUUCCAUUAACAACACAAAUGAGGUCUUCGAGUUCUUUACCAGCAUAACCAACAACCAGAAGGACAUAAGAAAAAAGUACGAUCAGUUAUUUUCCCUAAUUAAAAAAUUUGGGAAGGAAAUUAAAUACCUGCUAGCCAAAAAUGACGAGUACAGCGGUAUCCUCAUCGACACCAAAGAAUGCGUGAAAAGGAUAAAGGCCAAACUCAGUGGGGAUUCCUUCGAGGAGUUCGAGAAUCUAGAGGAGGAACUUCUGAAAGACAAAAACAACAUCGACGUGAUAAGCAAAAUAGUGACUUACCUCUGGGAAGAAAUAGGAUACUACAACAAAAACUCCAGUGAGUGGAAUAAAAAAAUCGAGGAGUUAAAAAAGUACAUCGGAAGCAAAGAUGAAUUCAUAAAACUAGAAAGGAAACUAACCCUAACAAGUGAAGAACUGAAAAAGGAAAUGGUCGAUAAUAUGAGUUCCCUCAAAGAACAACAAGAGUUGAAAAUAAAAAUUAAGGAAGAGAGAAAUAUGUAUAGAAAGGAUAUCCAAAAUGUGCACGAAAAAAUUCUCUAUGUCAUUUUAAAAUUUCUCUUACGAGAUAAAAGGUGUAAAACUCAGAAAUAUUUUUUUCUUUUCUGGUUGAAUACAACUAGAAAGAGGAAAGAAGCGACGAACCAAAUGAUAUCAAGCCUUGGGAAAAAGCUGCAGUGUCUAUUAUUCUUUUGCUUCAGAAAGUUAAAGAGCAAUUCCUUCGAAGGACAUUUAAUUGAUAAGGUUACGGGCCUGGUCGAUUUCCAGCUGCAUGGGAACGUUGGCCACGGCAGUUCGCAAAGGCGCGUCCCGAGCAAAGCAGGGCAGGGCUAUGAUUAUAACGGAAAUACCAAUGACAGCGGCAAUCCCUACAGCAGCGACAAUCACUACAGCAGUGCUAACCACCAAAACAGCGACAAUCACUACAGCAGCGGUAACCAACAAAACAGCGAUAAUAACUACAACAUCGGUAAUCACCUAAACAGUCGAAAUACCUUGCGCAGCACGCCGCAGGAGAGAAACAAAAGCAGCAUGUUCUCCAACCUAGUGAACAGCGACAAAAACCGAGACGGUGAUAACAUGUCUCCCGUUAGUUAUGACCGUCUUAAUAGCAUAUCAAGGAAGCGAAGCGAAUCGACGCUUUUUUACAAGAAGGAAAAUAGCUCUGCCACGCAAAAAAAUGAUGUAGAGACAAACUUGUAUGACCAGUCUGGGGAUUUCUCAUCCGGGAAGAGGGGCACCCAACGGUUUGGAAACGAUAGCGAGGAUUGCGAGGGGGGUGGCGGCAACCAUGGCCGCAGCGGCAGUCGGAUCGGCAGUCGAAUUGGCAGCCGCAUCGGCGCGAAUGGCUCAUACGAUAGGAACGCCGCUGAUGAUAGAAACGCAGCUCACGAUAGGAACUCCUCUUACCAGAAGAACAACCUGCGCGAGUCAAGCAACGAGCCACAAGAAUAUCCCAGCAGGGAGCCGAACCGCCACGCUGAAAAAAUGUACGAGAAUUUAGCCCGCCAAAUGAAGGAUAAGGCGGACAGGAAAAGCGUAGAAAUGAUACAGCAAACAAUAAAAAAAAUGAAUAAUAAAAUUAAUGACAUCAGGGACACAUUGGACAAGCAAAACAAAAUGAUGACCAAUGACGACAUGCACAAAAAUGUCCCAUAUGAUAAGUCUUCUCUAAAUUAUAAAAAUCACUCAAAUAAAAAACACUCCGAUCUGUAUUGUAACCUCUCGGUAGCCAACAGUUCGUUAAACCUUCCCUCCGAAAGAACGUUAAGUGAAUAUUUAAUAAAUAAAAACAAGUCGAGAAAUACAAACACUGAUGAGUUGAACAGGGCAAAGGGAUUGAGGAAGCAAAGUGAGCAGUUCCAAAAAAUGAGUGAAUAUGCUGAUAAUCACCAAAAGAAAUAUGAUAACCAUACACACAAGAAGAGCUAUGAAAAUAUGGAAAAGUGGAACCUAAAUAACGAUAAAUAUUCCCACAGUAAUUCGAUGGAUGUGACAAGUGUUGACGAGAGUUACCUUUACCAGAGGCAGUCCAAAAGCAGCGCUCGCAGUAGUUCCCAUCUGAAGAAUGAUGCCAGCGGUCUCGGCGGUGGUCACGGCAGCAGCAUAGGAAGCGGCAUCCGAGGGGGCCAAUACAGCGCCGAGUGCAGCAGCAAGGGGGAAACCAAGCGUGGCGGCAGGGGGGAUUCCAGAGGUAGAGCCAGACGCGAGUCCAGACGAGACUCCAAGCAUGACUCCAAGCAUGACUCCAAACGUGACCCCAAAAGCGACGGAAGAGAGGCCAAGGACGCGCACAGUACGCACCACGCGACGAGCAACAGACGGGACUUUAUCGAAAAUAGCAAUGCGAGCUCUUCCCCGUCGGAUAUUAAGCUCAUUCUCAGGACCGGAGGGGGCUUUCGAAAACUAAGUGAGCACUGUCAAAAAAAUUAUGUAGAAAAAUUGAACUACCUGAAUGAUAACAAUUUGUUGGGUUACGAAACGAACCUGAACAUAAAAAUAAAAGGACAUCCAUUUAUACAUAAUGUUCCCAACGGCCAACAGAAGGAGCACAAAAAGGAAAAAAGACACAGAUCGCUUUCUAAGUUUUAUAAUAUGCAUUAA